AUAAUCUACUGAAUUUAGUUGGCUUUGGGUUUAGCCUGGUAAAAUAAUUUUCUUGUUUCAUAUAUGAAUCUAAUCUAUUUAUUGCAAUCAAUCAAUGCAAGACAAUUCCCACAUUUUUUCCCUUGUACAUACGUUUUAAUGUUAAACAAAAUUGUACAAUUUGCCUGGAUACAUAAAAGGAGAUACGAAUUGGCCGCCUUGAGUAUAUUGUAUGAUGAAUUAUAAAAUCUUAUCGUUUUUUUUUGGUGCUUCAACUGUAGCAAACUUUAAACUUUGCUUUGCAGCAGAUAAGAUUAGAUAAAGCUAUACAUGUCAUGCGAUGGUUGAGCAGGACUCUUGUUUAUUUUAUGUCAUUGCCUAAAUGCUUCACAAAGAUAAGAUCAAACUAUAAAAUUGCUUUUGAUUUUUGAUUUUAGUUUUUAUUGAACAAUUUUUAAUAAAGAACUUUGCAAACUUUACCCCAAAAACUUCAUAUAAGUCUUUUUCUCAUAUCCAAGUGUGUUGGUUACUUUCCAGAGCUCUGAUUGAAUCCGAUGAUAUCUAAUAGGGUGCUGACAGUAUUGUUUGUUUGAUAGCUAUUUCUCACUCUUGAAAUGAAAAAGCCAAAGCAUGCAGGAUUGGAAAACUACACCAGCAAAUAUUUGCAAAGAAUCUAAGGAUAUACUAUGUAGCAGAAAGUGGGGAGAUUAAUGGGGAGUUUUUGCCGUAUCUUUCACUGGCCAUUUGCUUUUUUUUUUGUCCAAUUUGUGGUGGUACCCUAAAGCAAAGUGAUUUCCGUCUCAUUAAACCACUGAAAUUUUCCAAAUUUCAAGUGAUUCAUUUUAGGUAACUCUAGUCUCCAAAGAACAUGCCAAAAAAUAAAACGAAAAACAGAUUGGUCAUCUUUUUUUUAUAGGUAUCUGGUUGAUUUUUGAACUAGGCUGAUUUGCUACUGCUUCCGGUGGAAAAUCUCGUCACCCAGCACCCAAUGUUUAUGUCUUCAUGAUAAGUGUGUGCCUCUGUUCAUGUUGAAUGUUGCUUUCGUGUGGGCAUCUCUGUGGUCAUAUCCCAUGCUUGGGAUUUAAGCCUGAAACUAUAAUCAAAGCAAAUGCCAGUUCAAGAUGAAUCUAAAUGGAUUUGUUUGGUUAACAAUUAGCAGUAUCUUCUACAGUUGGUUCUUCAGAGAGUAAAAGUAACUAGGUGAAUGCCUUUCAGAACUGAGGGCAAAAAAUUAGAAAUUAAACAGAUUUUGAAGUAAAAAAAUGGAAUAUUCAUGGCAAUUGGUUCCUCAUUCUUUUUCUUUUUUGGUCUGUUUCUAUCUUGUCAUUUCAUUGUUAUCACAAUUAUCUGCUUGUUGUCACUUGCGUAAAACUUUGGGAACUUCAUAUCUGGAUUACCCGGCUUAGCUGUGACCAUCUGUCAAAGAUGCAGAUGUGUAUGCCUCAUUGAAUUAAGUUGCUAAAAAGAGUUCUGCUACAUGUCGACAUACUGCUUUUUCUUGGUAACACAAAAAUGAAAGUGCGUUCACCUUUUUUGCCCUAAUAGUUGUUUGUUUAUUAAUACAAGCAAUGCUGUUGGGGGAGCUUGCUUUUAGUGGCUAUCUAAUGUGUUAAUGUGUCAUUACUCAACAAAAAUAAAUGGCUUUUUCUACCUUUCUGUAAGGCAAAAGAUGAGCUUACAACUACAAGACCGUAAUUAAUUAAGAAGACUUACUGACUUAGUGUGUCUUGUUGAAAGGCCUAUCACUACUUAAAGGGGUGAAACCAGCAAUUUCUCACUCAAGUUAGCAGCCCCUGACCUCUGACUAGAGGCACCAGCCUAUUGAGUUUGUUUUGGUCAUUUCUUUUGCUCUUAUUAUCUCAGAACCAUUCUCAAUUCACUCAGCACAUUGUUUUCUCUUUAACAUGGCUGGAGGAGGAAGAUCUCAAGGACUUAGCAGGUCAUGUAUUCUUCUUAUAGUGCUUGCUGGCAUGGAGAGGUUUGCUUUCAAGGGGGUGGCAUCCAAUUUGAUUACAUAUCUCACAGAUGUUGUGAAGAUGAGCAAUUCUUCAGCAGCCAAGACUGUUAACAGUUGGUGUGGAUUGACUUCAAUCUUGCCACUGCUGGUUGCACCCCUGGCUGACUUAUUUUGGGAUAGGUAUUCAACCAUUUUGACAUCCUCUUUCCUCUAUGUUUUGGGCCUUGGAGGAGUGGCAUCAACAGCAUUACUAUGGACAUGGUCUCCUCCAAGCAAGACAAGCUCCUCUGCAUUCCUGUUUUGGUCCCUGUGUUUGAUUUCAUUAGGCCAAGGUGCAUAUAACCCAUCUUUACAAGCCUUUGGGGCUGACCAACUUGACCAUGAUGAGGAAUUGCCUUGCAGCAAAGAUGACAAAAACUCUAAAAAAAAGACUUCAUUUUUCCAGUGGUGGUAUUUUGGGGUUUGUAGUGGCAGCCUCUUAGGUGUCAUACUUAUGUCCUACAUCCAAGAUACCUUUGGUUGGGUACUAGGAUUUGCUAUCCCCAUGUUUGCUAUGGUUAUAUCAGUUGCAUUUUUCACAUGUGGUAGCAGGAUUUAUGCGUAUAAACCAGAUAGAACCAUCGAUAGUAAGCCCCUUCGCAACAUACUUCGAGUCAUCAAAGUGACAGCAUUAAAAUUAAUCAAUGGCAGAGUCACCUUACCAAAUCACAGAUCUGAUGUAAUUGAGCUAGAGCUUGAAGAGAAACCUCUUUGUGAUAAAAAGUUGGGGAGCAAUGAGGGCUUGGAUGGGAAUCCAAAAAAUGAUACUUACCUGCUUGAAAAUGCAAAAAUAGUACUCAGGCUUUUGCCAAUAUGGACAAUGCUACUAAUAUUUGCAGUAAUUUUCCAACAGCCUGCUACAUUUUUCACCAAACAAGGCAUGACGAUGAAGAGAAACAUUGGCAGGAACUUCAAGAUCCCACCAGCGACGCUACAAAGUUCUAUUACACUGUCUAUAAUCCUCUUGAUGCCUUUAUAUGAUAAAGUUUUGAUCCCAAUCACUCAGAUGGUUACUCGUAAUCAAGAACGUAUUACUGUAAUGCAGAGAAUGGGAGUUGGUAUGUUCCUGUCCAUCAUUGCUAUGAUCAUAGCUGCAGUUGUUGAAACGAAGAGACUUGAGCUCAGCAGGAAAAUAGGUAUCCUGGAAUCAGAAACAGUGCCACUAAGCAUCUUUUGGUUGCUUCCUCAAUAUAUUCUUUUAGGCAUUGCAGACAUUUUCACUGUUGUCGGGAUGCAGGAGUUCUUUUACAAUGAAGUACCCGUCAGGAUGCGAACGAUGGGCUUUGCGCUAUAUACUAGUGUUUUUGGGGUGGGAAGUUUCCUGAGUGCCUUGAUGAUUUCAAUCAUUGAAGCCUUCACAAAUUCAGAAGGAAGACAAAGCUGGUUCUCUGAUGACAUGAAGGAAGAUGGACUAAACAAAUACUACUGGCUUUUAGCCAUAGCAAGUGCAUUGAGCUUACUAUUCUACGCAAUUUUGUGCCAGUGCUUCAAAAGUAGGACUGAAUUGGAAAAUGGCAACUGUAAAUAAACUCUUUCGAUUUUGAUCAGUUUGACACAGUUUUUUUGCAGUAAUUUCUGUUGAUAUGUAAAUAUUCAUGACAUUCAUAUUUGCUUACAUAUAACAACUUAUUCUAGUUUUUCCA